ACAUUUAGAUUGGGAACAUAGCAACUAUAUUUCAUUGCACUUAUAUUUUUUUAAGUUAUAUUGACUCCACACAUCAUUUCUUGACUCCAGUCGUUUUAUUUUACUGUUUUGUUUUGAAACAUUAGUUCAUAAAAAGGCAUGAAUACGUACGUUUCCCUGAGAAAAAAUCAUUUAAGGUACACAAUUGAAUCUUAAAACCACUGUUGUACCUUUGAGGGUUCAUUCACAUUGUUUGUACCCUGAUGAAUGAAAAGUGUACCUGCAAAAUAUCUUUUUUCUGACAGUGUACCUUCAAAGACAGUGUUGUGAUGAAUGUCUUGCUAUGAAUUCUCUCCGUGGAGAACAGUGGCAGGGCGAAUGAGCAGCACUAUGUAAAUAUAGGCAAAUAUCAAGUGUUUUUUAAUUAAUAUGUGAGCGUUUUCUGUAAAAAUGUCUUGUAAUUGGCCAACUAACAGUGGUGCUUUUGAUUAGUGCUGUAUGUUGGCUUCCUCAGCCUUCUCAUUUCUCUAGAGUCUCUAGAGGUGUCAUACGCUCGUGUGCUAUUAUACGUAGUUUUUUUUUGGCGUAGCCUUUGAUUCACCCCAUCUCUUUCACGCUCGCCUGUUUAUUCCUUUCGAGUCGCCGCGUGGCGUCACCGAGCCCUCCAUUAUGACGCCCGCCCUAUUAAGACUGACGGCUCGUGAGCACAGAGGGGGCCACGGAGUUUCGUCCCAGAGCGAGCGGCGCACUCUCCACAACACGACCGCCUCUCCGUGCGCGUCCCCCUCCGCCAGCGGCCCCCGCCCCCUCCCCGCUAGCUGCACGCCACCCGGCGCCCCGCGCACACCGCGCGCAUCCGUCAUGGAGAGCAGGAAGGACGCGCCGGCAGCGGCCAAGGACUCCGAUGUGUCCGACUCCGCUGGCGAGCAUCGGGACAAGCUGGCUCGCCGGGACUGCCGAAGCCCAGGCACGUUUCCUCACUCGCGGAGCAGCACGUGCGGGGAUACGAGGGGGGCCGGCAAGCCGUGUGUGCCGGACAGAGAGCUCUCCGACCUGCCCAACAAAGAAGGCAGCGGCUCGGACGCGGAGUCCGACUUCUACGAGGAGAUAGAUGUCAGCUGCACCCCAGAGAGCAUGGACUACCCCGCUGGACAAGGAUGUGAUAAGGAGUCUCAGGGCCUCGGGAAGGAGACAGGCGCGGACAGCGGGAAGCUGAGCUCGAGCCCCAGUGCCCUCUCCUACGGGCCUGACCAGAUGCGGCGAUACCGGACCGCCUUUACGAGGGAGCAGAUCGCCAGACUAGAAAAGGAGUUUUACCGGGAAAACUACGUGUCCCGGCCGCGCCGGUGUGAACUGGCGGCCGCUUUAAAUCUGCCAGAAACGACCAUCAAGGUUUGGUUCCAGAACCGGCGCAUGAAGGAUAAGCGGCAGCGGCUGGCCAUGACGUGGCCUCACCCGGCCGACCCCGCCUUCUACACGUACAUGCUGAGCCACGCGGCGGCCACGGCGGGCGGCCUCCCGUAUCCAUUCCCGUCGCACCUGCCCCUGCCUUACUACCCGCCGCUGGGCGGCGCGCCGUCGGCAGGAGGCGCUCCGUUAAUCGCGGGGCACGCAGCAGCGCGCUCGCUGGACGGCCUGCGCGUGCUCUCUUCGCACCACCCGUACCCGCGACCCGAGCUGCUGUGCGCCUUCCGGCACCCAUCGCUGUACGCGGGCGCGACGCACCCGCUGGGCCCCGGCGGCAGUCCGUGCUCGUGCCUCGCGUGCCAAACGAGCGGAGCUCCGCCUCCUCCGCCACCUCCACCCCCGCCGCAGCCCAGGUCAGCGAGCGCGGACUUCUCCAGAGCCGAGGGCUUCCUCACCUUUACGCCGGCCGUGCUCAGCAAGCCCACUUCUGUUGGGCUGGACCAGAGGGAGGAGGUGCAGCUGACCAGAUAAAAAGCCGAGAGCUACGCGGACUUGGUCAUCCUACGGACGACGCGAACAGGCAACCCGCAUGAAACACGACCCGAACUCUCCGCCAGCGGCCUGCUAUGCAAAAAUGCCCUGUUCCCCCCUCCCCCCACCAGCCAGACUUCGCACAGGAGCGAACUGUAACAACGACAAGACAAACAGCAACGUCAUAGAGUAGAUACGCAGAAACGUAUUAGAAAAAAACGCCACACUACUAUGUCCAAAAGUUUGUAGACACCCUCUCAUCCAGCAUUUCAUUGCAACAAUUAAAAGGGAGUUUAUUCCCCUUUACUGCGAUAACAGCCUUUACUCUUCUGGGAAGCUUGAUGUUGGAACAUUGCUGUGAGGAUUUGAUUGCAUUCAGCCACAAGAACAUUAGUGAGGUCAGUUGUUGGAUGAUUAGUCCUGGACUACUCUAACUCAUUGAAAACGUAUUGAGUGGAGCUCCAUCACUCGAGAGAACGCAGUUCCACUGCUCCACAGGCCAGUGCUGGGGGGCUUUUUACCCCUCUAGCAGACGCCUGGCAUUGGGCAUAGCGACCUUAGGCUUAUGGUUGGCUGCUCCCGAGUGUAAAUUUGCAGUGCUCUAUAAGCAAUGGGUGCUCCUUAAAAUGGCUGAUUCAGGGUGCCUGUGUACGUAUGGGCAAAUAGUGUAGGUCUAAUGCAAAUAAGGUCCAGUAGAUGAGGGAUUGAACAUGCUGCCGAACACUGGAAUGAGUGAAGGAUAAACCUUUAUCAUAA